AUGAUUAGCGGAGGUAUUGACCAAGCAGAGACUAAAAAAAUUGAAAAACGAAACAAACGGAAGGAAAAGUCCCUGCAAUCUAAAUUAAGCAGGAAUGUGGAACUAACCACUCCACCUGAUUUAAUAAAUGUGGAUAUUCUUAGUAGUGACUCUGAUGAUGAAUCCAUGGAAGAAGAAUCAAGUAGGGCAUGUGAUUGCAGAGGCAUUUCAAACAGAGCAGGUGCUCAACUAGCAAGUCCUCUUCUAAAGAAUUUGAAUGUCACAUCACCAGAAAACCAAGCCGCAGUUAUUGACAAGUACAAGAUUUUUCGUGAAAGGUUAAAGUACCGCCGAAGUAUUAAUUCAACUCGCAUAAACGAAAUAAUUGCUCUUUACUUCGAUGGUAGGAAGGAUGAAACCAUAAUCAAAGAAAUUAUACGUGGGAAAUCUAUCCGUAAAACCAUACAAGAAGAACACAUAUCUUUGGUCGAGGAACCAGUUUCAGCAUAUUUCGGUCAUGCAACUCCAGACAGUGAAUCUGGGAAAGAUAUAGUAUCAUCAAUAUUAAGUUACAUGAGUGAUAAUUCCAUUGAUAACUCAAAUAUCAAAGCGCUUGGAUGCGUACGUGAUGGUACGGCAACGAAUACUGGAGCAUCGCAAGGAGCAGUUUUGUUGUUUGAACGCGCAUUGAAACAUCCGGUCCAAGUAGUAAUAUGUAAGUUGUACUUAAACGAAUUGCAUCUGAGGAAAGUUUUUGCUGCUCUUAACUGUCCAACCACGGGACCAACAUCACUGAGUGGGACAAUAGGCAAAGGUUUGACCAACUGUCAAGACUUUCCGGUUGUUAAUUAUGACAAAAUAGAUAGCACCUUCCCAGAAGUCGAUAGUACAGACUUAAGUACGGACCAGAAAUACCUUUGGGAUAUAUGUCAGGCUGUAGUCAAAGGUGAAUGUUCCUCUGAGUUGGCCAGUAGAAACCCCGGAAACUUGUCCCACGCCCGGUGGCUGACAUUAGCAAAUAUAAUCUUUGCUUUGUUUACCAUAAAAUGUCGUCCUAAAAUUAUACACCCAUCACAACAUUUUUUCUUCAUCGUACAGUGCACCAAGUUUUUAGACAGUGAACUAAAGACUGUGGCUCAGUUUUCUUUGCAAAGAAACGCCUCUAUGGCUCAUCCUGAACACAUCCUUUUAUGA